AUGGAGCGUUUAUUGCAUGACAUUCUGAUAAAUCCCACAAGUCCAUCGAUUGGCCAGAUUGAGCAACUCCUCAGCCAACCUGAAGGUCAGGACGAAUUCAUGGCACUGCUAAGGAACGGAAACGAAAUAGCGUUUGCAUACAUGAAGAUGAAGUGUAAGGAAUGGAGCAUUAUUCCAGAAAGAGUAGCAAUGGUUCAUGGGAUGAAAAACGUGCUGUUUUCCUUGAUAUUCGAGAGCUCGGAGUUCAACUUUGGGAUUCUUUGCUUUUUCUUCGAGACGCUGUACUUCCAGGGAGCGGGUUGGAGUGGGCUUGUUCAAGAGCUGUGUGCAAGGCAUGACCCAAGGAGCCUUAAGGUUCUGAACCACAUGUUCACUAAGUACAGAACAUGCACACAAAGCAAUGAGCUGUAUACCGAGAUAAUCGAGAAUAUAGAGCUAUGCCAGGAGAUAUUCAGAAAGGCAUACUUCGAGAGCCUGUCUGAGGAUGAGAAUGUGCUUGGGAUGUUUUACUCACUGGUGUUCCAGGACAUCCAUCCGUUCUUUGAAGACAAUGCAGAUAAGUUCAUGGGAUCCUUCUGUGCACUAUUUCGGAAGCAGAUUCUCCAGAAGGACAUUUGCGAAAUAUUCAACCUAUUUGUGACGAAGUAUGCAGAGUGUGUGGACAUGACGAGGAUUCUUGGUGUGCUACUUGUGACAAUUACAUGCUUUGAUCGGCUGAAGUAUUCUGUUCUUCUGAACAUUGCAAAGAGAAAAGAAUUCUCUGUUCUGUCGAAGUUUUCUGAUGCACUUUGCAAUGCAGUGAAGAUAGGGGCGUACCUGUCGCCGAAGGAGAUCGAGGACAUGAAUGAGGAUGUGCUGCUGUACACAAGAAGUCUUCUGAAGGGAUAUGAUAUGAAUAGAGAAAUGGUGAUUGAGCUAAUUGGGCACCUGAGGAAGGUAUUUGGUGAGUGCUGGUGUGAAUCCUUGGUUGCUGCUGAUAUUGCAAGCCCGAUGGAUGAGGAAAGGCUGAUAUUUUUGUGCAUGGGGCUUAGGAUGUGCUCUAGAGAGGUAGCCGAUAAGUGCUUUGCGAUCAUUGGCACGAAUAGCGUUCCAUCGUACCUGGGGGUGAUAGCAUUUAGAUACUUGCUGAUGGUUCAGGAAUAUGCAUCUGUUGAUCCAAGAUACAUAAGCAGAAUGCAUCCAGCAUCAUUCUUGGCAAUUGAGUAUUUGAGCAGAAUGAUUGAUACCGGUGAGUUUUUAAGGAAUCUUGAUUCAUACUCGAAAGAGCAUGUCUCUGCAGACCAUGGAGCAUGUGAAAGGCUCGGAGGCACGGGGCACUUCACAGCGAUAUUGGAUAAGCUGGUUGAGUUUAUUAGUGCAGGAGUGGAAGAUGAAAUAUCAUGCAAGCUGCUGCAAAGAAUUGCACGGAUGAAUACUUCCCUGAUCAUACCAAGAGUUGUGAAGUUUGUGGAUGAUCUUAUUGAAAGGAACAUCUUGAGCAUCAACUCCCCACAGGGAUACUGGUAUUUGCUCGAUGUAAAAGGAAUGGCACUUAUGAGAUAUGGCGAUGAUGGGUCUGCAUCCAGGAUUAUACAACGGGUGCUGAGCGAGGAGAUAUUUGAGGUAUAUGCACCAUCGUUUUUUCUACUUGGGAUUCUUGUCUGUCAGUCAUCCAGUGAUUUUUCGUCUGUCGUUGAGAUAAUAAAGCAGGAGAGCCUGUGGAAGACGAAGGAGCUUGUUCCAAGCAUGGUGUGCCUGACUAUUUGUCUUUUUGAAAAAGGAUACUGCAGCAGGGAGCAGGUAAGGUACAUAGUAGAGUAUUUGUUCGAGGCCAGUGCACACCAAGCAUACGUGUUAUUGUGCGGCACGAUUGCUGGCGAGGAGCAUCUUAUGUGGAUCAAGGGAGAGAAUGUAGAGGAGGAGUUUGUGCUUGCAAGCCUGCUAAGCAAGAAGGGGAUCAUGACGAUUGAUAUGUAUCGAGAUGUGUAUGCCAGGAGUGUGAAUUAUUUUGAAGAGAACUUCAUAUCGAAGCAGAAUGCAAGAAGAGUGCUGAAGGGAGUAAGAUAUGGAAAAGAUAUACUGAGAGAAGAAGAGAAAGGCAGGCAUAUUAUUGAAAAGAACAAACACAAUCUUGGAUGCGAGAAUGUUCCUUUCAGUACAAUGGUUGUUCUUGGCAUUUAG